ACUAAUCUCCUCUUCCCAGAAUCUAAACCCCAUCCCUCCCUCUUGAUACUUUUUCUCACAUUCCUCCAUUUUCUCUCCUACCAAACAGAGGGCAAGAAGAAGAAAGAAGGGAACUUUCAAGAUGUCUCUUACAAUUCCCACAAAUCUCUCCAAACCCAUUUUGAAGCCGAAGCUAAACUCUCAAUUGACCACGAAAGUUUCGAGAUUGAUGGUGUUUUGCUCUGCCAAUUCUUCGAAGGAAAAUGGGUCAGCGCCACCGGCUUCUUCUCUCCAAGCAUUCUCGGCUGCUCUGGCUCUUUCUUCCAUUCUUCUAUCCGCUCCUCUCCCUGCUGUUGCUGAUAUUUCCGGGCUGACCCCCUGUAAAGAAUCCAAGCAAUUUGCCAAACGAGAGAAGCAGCAGAUCAAGAAGCUGGAAUCAUCGCUGAAGCUCUAUGCUCCCGACAGUGCGCCGGCACUGGCGAUCAAAGCUACGAUAGAGAAGACCAAGAAAAGGUUCGACAACUACGGGAAACAGGGGCUGCUCUGUGGCUCUGAUGGGUUGCCACAUUUGAUUGUUAACGGUGAUCAGAGGCAUUGGGGUGAGUUCAUCACGCCCGGGUUGCUGUUCUUGUACAUUGCCGGCUGGAUUGGGUGGGUCGGAAGGAGCUACCUGAUCUCAAUCAGCGGUGAGAAGAAGCCGGCGAUGAAGGAGAUCAUCAUUGAUGUGCCUUUGGCUACCAGUCUGCUGUUCAGAGGGUUCACUUGGCCUGUGGCUGCAUACAGAGAGCUAGUGAGGGGUGAACUUGUUGUCAAGGAUGUUUAAUUUCCUCAGUGUGAUGUGUUUGGAAGCAGAGAUUGGAUGGAGCUACUCUUGGGGAGGAAGAUGGUGGUGCUUUGAGGGAAAGAAGGAAAUGGAGGAACUUCUUGUACUUAAAAUUUGUAAACUUUUUACUGAGUUUAUGUAAUGUUGUGGCUGGAAACGGGAAAUGAUCAAUCUAUAUAUAUUUUGAUUCUUAUUACCCAAGUUGUGUUGAAAUUUCUGAUGUUGGUUUCAUAAGAAACAUUGCUUAAUAAU